AUGACUCGACGAGCCAGGCCCAACGACUCGGAUGGACUCGACGAUCUGGACGGACCUGACGACCCAAACGGGCCCGACGACCCGGACGAGCCCGACACCCUAGACGAGCCUGGCGACUCGGACGAGCCUGAGGACCUACACGGGCUCGAUGACUUGGACGAGCCCGACGCCCCAGAUGGGCCUGGUGACUCGGAUGGGCCUGACGACAUACAUGGGCGUUACGACCCAAAUGGGCAUAACGAUAUGAAUGGACCAGACGACCCGAAUGGGCUGGACGAUCCAAACGGACCUGACGACUCAGAUGACCUAGACGGGCCCGAUGACUCGGAUGGGCUUGACGACCCGGACGAGCCGAACGACCCGAAUGUGCCCGACGAGUCGGACGGGCCUGGUGACCUACACGGGCCUUACGACCCAGAUGGCACAACGACACGAACAGGCACGACGACCCACAUGGGCCUUACGACCCGGACAGGCUCGACGUACUGA